UGUACCGGUAGCCCGGUAGGUAAUGUUUAUCGUGAAAGUAGUGCAACACAGGGCGCAUAGGAAUCGUGAUUGUGUCGAAGGAACUAGCUCUUCAUAGCUGUCGAUGUACAAAAUGUGCUCAUGACAUGCUGAAAACUGUUUAAAAUUUCAUUCAUAAAGCACAGUGAAACAGUGAAACUGCUAUGACUUUAACUAUUUACAGUGUUUAAUAAAUAACACACAGUUGAUUGGAAAAUUAUUUUUGGGUUGACAACGUGGGCAAUACGUUCCAUUAUAAAAUAGUGAUUUUUUCCAUUAGAAGAGGCAAAACUGUGUCGGUGACAGCAUCCCGAUCGAAGAAAUUACCUUGGCAUAUGUUCAUUCUAGAUUUUUAUGUCAUUUGUAACCUCGAAAAAGCGAGGAUUCUAACUGCGAGUUUGCCGUGAGAGAAUACUAAAUACCGCACCAUCAAAUAUUGAGAAGUUCUGGUAACCAACUCGAGAGGAUCGCGAUUGUGCCAUGCAGUUUCCACCUUGAGACCCGUAAAAGUUAAUUUCACACGGCUAUAAUAUCAUCAUAGUUAUCACAAUGAAACUAAUGAUUGGAGACGAAGAAGUUUGUGUCAAGAUCGGGAAUGACGGAAAAGAGGAGCUAUCCUGGCGCUGCUGGCUUCGAACAAUGUUUGCUGCAAGUGGCGCUAUGGCGGUUUUUGUUUUUACUGGAGUAACGGAGGCCCAGUCGGCAGUAAUGUUACCUCAGCUGAAACAAAAAGACAGUCCAAUUCAAAUCAGUGCGGAUGAAGAGACUUGGAUUGCCAGCCUCGGUAUUUUACUAACACCAGUCUCAGCUAUACUUGCCGGUCCUCUAGUUGAUGCAUUUGGGCGAAAGAAAGGACUCCAAGGUUUUUAUAUCAUCAUAGGGCUAGGUUUUGGUGUUAUUGCCAGCGCGAAAGAGGUUUACCAAAUCUACAUAGGGAGAUGCAUCUGUGCGUUUGCAGUUGGUAUGGAGCCGAUUGCAGUGAUUUACCUGGCAGAAAUCAGCACAAAGCGACAGCGAAGCCUCUUCUUUUCGCUGAUGGCGGCUAUGUAUUCGGGCGGUGUCACCAUCACCUACGUCAUUGGUGGUUUCCUACCAUGGAAUGUAGCGUCAGCCAUCUUCAGCCUCGGCUGUUUCGGUAUUUUCGUCGUUCAGUGCGUCACUCCUGAGUCUCCGGCGUGGCUUUAUAAAACCAAUCAGGUUGAGGCCUCGACGGAGAGUUACUUGCGGUUGGGUCGCUCCCACACGAAUAUCCUGCAGGAACUGGAGUCUCUAGGGUUGUCUUCGCAGCAGAGGACCGAGAAAUUCCACAUCCGAGCAUUUCUCGAGCCGACAGUCUGGAAACCCUUCCUCAUCCUGUCGCUGUUCCACAUCAUCCACUGCGGAGCCGGAAUCUACGACGUUUUAUUCUACACCGUUGAAUUCGUCGAGACUCUGGGCACGUCCUACGACCCUUUAGCCGUCUCUAUAUUCACGUCUGUGGCAAGAUUCAUAACCAACAUGACUGUUGGCCUAUACUUCACGGCGUCCUUGUCGCGGAGGUUCGCCACGAUUUUCUCGAGCUUUUUCAUGUGUUUAUCCCUCUUUGUUAUGGGAGUCUACGAGUAUCUAUACCGCGACGUUUCGGUUAAGCCGUUCGAUUGGGUUCCCGUGCUUUUCACUGUGGUCUCCGUCGUGUCCUGCUCCACGGGGUUGCUGAGCCUCCCGUGGUUGAUGCCCGGUGAGAUGUUUCCGCUGCAUGUUCGGGGGGUCAUGAACGGGGCUGCCUUCUUGGUCGGUUCUGCGUGUAUGUUCGUCACUCUGAAGCUCUACGCUUUCUGUAUGGAGACCCUUCAGAUAUGGGGCAUGUUGUUGAUGUUUGCUGGGCUCGCGUUCACAGGGGUCUUUUUUGGGAUGUUCGUCCUGCCCGAGACCCAGGGUAAGACAUUGUAUGAGAUCGAGCAAGGGUUCCUACCGACACAGAAAAAGCGAGAAAACGAGAUUUCCCCGAGUGGAAAGGUUGAAACGAUAACAUGAGGUGAUAAGUCAUUUGGGCCGAGUUUAUGAGAAGAGAACGUUGGUUCUCUACAACACACUUCCACAUUUUCGGAAAAAUUGAGAUGAGGAUGUCGAAUUUCACCAGUCGUUUACAUUUUCUUCCGCCAAAAACUCGAAAUCGAAAAAAUCAGUUGUAAAAAGGGAGGCUAAAGUUUAUUUUCUAAAUUGAGUCUUACGCAGGAAUAAAACUUCAAACCUAUUUUUCUCUUUUUUAACGUAAUGUGGGUUGGUGAAGAGAUGGAGAGAUGCCAGCUUCCGGAGGAUCUCUACCAUGACAGAUUCCUGUGGAGAGUAGGCGUCGCAGAGCGCCCUAGCGCGCCGUAAAAGCGGCUUAUACAUAAAUACAUGUGGGAUAGUUCCUUUCGGAUAAACUCGGUCAAUUUUAAAUAGGAGAUUCAAACUUAUAGAUCUGAGCGAACAACCCGCAAGACUAGUUUUUAAGUCUGCCCGUCGUGAAUUCGGUUGAAAAUAUUGUGAUUUGUCUACUUCUGUGGCGUUAACUACUAGGAAAAUUUUAGGAGAAGUAGACCUGACACGAAGCUGAUUGGCCGAGCAAGUUGUUUAUAUUUGAC